CAGCUAUCUGUACCACCACCACCAUCAUCAACAUGGGUGAAGUCGUCAAUGUCGCCGUCGCGUUUCUCGUCAUUGUCUUUAUCUUUCGUUGGGCGACGAAUUCAGGAGAUAAGGGUACCGUCGAUGCACUCGGAUUCAGACCAAAGAAAGUCACCCAGGAAAUGAUGGAUGCAGUAACAGCAGUGUUCCCUGAUAUCCCUCCAGACAACAUCCGAUACGACCUACUCAAGACAGGCAGCGUCGAGCAAACAACCAAUAACAUCCUCGAACGUGGCUUCCUUGAUGCCCCUCCUGCCCAAUACUACAACGUCUACCCCCGCCAGUCGCCCGCCCCCGCCCCGCCCCAAAUACCGACACCGGCACCAUCCCCUCCAAAAAAAGAAACACUCAUAUCUCGCUAUGGCCUCCACAACCGCCUCGCUACAGAACCCUCUAUUCCAGAAUCAGAGAUUGGCGGCAAGGCAGUCUGGGAGGACAGCGCAGAGAAACGGGAGGCUAGCUUGAGGGAGCGCAAGGCAAAGAUGAUCCUCGCUGCUCGACAACGGCUCCUUGCAAAAGAAACAUCAUAACAACAAGUAGUACAUAUA